GCAGAACCCCAGCAGUAACGACAGCACGAUCCCCUGCUUCGCGACCAGAUCCCCUCCCCUGCAUUUUCUCUCUCUCUCUCUCUAGAAUCUCAAUUUCAGCAGCGAACCAGCAAGACGCGGGGAUCGGCGAUCCGGGAGCCGGGCGUUUCGCGGUGAGAUGUCGGAGGAGGACGGCGGCCGCGGAGCCGGGAACGGGGCGGUGGCGGCGGCGGCGCCGGAGCCGUACGGCGGAGGAGGAUCGAGUGCGGACGGCGGAGGGGGCUCCCGGCCCAACGGCAUUCUCCAUACCGAGCCCUCCGUUGCCGACGGCGAUGAUGAUGCCUCGGGGGAUCAGGUAGCUAACAUGGAGCAGGCUGAUUCGGACGACGAGGAUGCUGUGAUGGUUGGUGAAGAUGCCGGAAAAGAUGAGUUUGUCGAUGCGCCGGACGAGUUGAAUGCUGAUGCGAGGGAAGUGGCGGUGGCUGCUGGAACAGAAGGUGGGUCGGAGGAAAGGAGCAAGUUGGAUGGGAGUGACUUCAGCCAACUUGAGAAUGGACCCCAGGUCCAUCAGUCAACGGAUGAGCUCUUCCGGCUGCAAAUGGGGUUGGAGAAGGCCAUUAGUGAGAAAGAAAUUGCUAUAAGGCAAUACAAGGAAGAAAGAGAUAUAUAUGCCAAAGAACUCAGUGAUCUUUGCCAUCAGCUCAAAGGUUUGACUGUCAAACAGCCAUUGCUUCAUGCAAAUGGUGAUAUAAUGAUUAAUCGAGAAGCAGAAUCUGAAUAUGGGGAGGAAAAAGCCCAUGUACCUGGGUACUCGCCACAUGAUAUGAUUAGGGAAUGUUCAGACUUCAUUAGAGUUGCGCUAGAAGAACGUUUACAGAUGGAAGCUACGAUAAGAGACCUUCAUGCUAUCCUUUCUACACAGGAUCAACAGAUGGAAGAUCUUAAAUCCAAGAUUGCUGAUUCUGCCCAGAAAUCUGCCGAUAUAUUUACGAAUCGCCAAAAUAUUGAAGAUGCUGCAAGUAGAAUAUUAGAUUCACUUGCCUUAGUAGUUGAACAUGAAGAUCUUUUGGAUGAUUCCACUGGCGAGAAAAUAAAUCUUGUUGAGAGGAGGACGUUGCGGUUAAUUGAAAAGUUUAACCAGAUUCAUUUACAAAUUGAUCAUCUUAGGCAGUGUUUAUCUGAAAUUUCUUCAGAAUCUUUAGAUUCUAGGAUGCAGAAGGAUAGCGGGGAUGUAAUCAUUGCAGCUUGUAAUGAGUUGUUGGAAUGCAAAAGGAAGGAAGCACACUCUGCUGAAAAACUAAGCCAAUCAGAAGAUGAACAUAGAAAAUUGAUUGAACAGGUUAAUAGGGACAAGGAAUUGGCAGAAGAGACUAAUGCAGAACUUAGCCGACUUAAAAGUGAAGUUGAGCAGGAGAAGAUGCGUUGUGCCAGUGUUAAAGAAAAGCUUAGCAUGGCUGUGACAAAAGGGAAAUCAUUGGUGCAGCAGAGAGACUCACUGAAGCAUUCAUUGGCUGAGAAGACAAGUGAGCUUGAGAGAUGCUUGAUUGAACUUCAGGAGAAGUCAAGUGCGUUAGAGGCGGCUGAACAAUCUAAGGAAGAGUUGGUACAGAGUGAAAAUUUGGUUGCACUCCUGCAGGAAAAUCUCUCGCAGAGGAAUGCAAUUCUCGUCCGGUUUGAGGAAAUUCUCUCCGAGGCUAGUUUACCCGAGGAAAUGAAAUCGGUUGAGAUCGUUGAUAAAUAUAAAUGGCUUGUGGAUGAGAGAAAUAUGUUGAAAGUGGUUUAUAUAGAAUUUCAGAAAUUGAAAGAUUCCUUAACUGAGAUAGAGUUACCUGAAUCUGUCUCAACUUCCAACUUGGAAUCCUGUAUUCUUUGGCUAAAGGAGUCAUUUACUCAAGCCAAUAAACAAGCAGAAGCACUACGAGGUGAAACUUCUCAAAUAAAAGAAGCUGCAUACAAUGAGAUAGAUAGGUUAACUGCUGCAUGUUCUGUUGCAUUGCUGGAGAAGGAAUAUCUUGAAAUGGAGGUGGACGAAAUAACAUCUGAAUACAAUGAUAUUAUCAAAAAGGAGCGACAAGCGUCAUGGGAGAAGGAGCAAAUGGUCAUGCUGUUGGUGAAAGCUUCUGGAAUCUCGGUUGAGGAAGACCUUGGGGCCUAUCAACGGCUACCCUUUUCUGACUGCAACCUUCUCAUUGAAAGAUGCUUUGAAAAGGUUAAGGAACAGAGAACUUCUGAGUUGGGUCCUUCUCAUGCUGAUUUGGAAUCAUUUGAAAGAAUUAAAAGUCUGUUAUAUCUGCGGGUUCAGGAGUUAAUGCUAUAUGAGAAUGUACUUGACGAAGAGAUGCUGGAAAAGUCUCAGAAGGUUGAUAAUCUUUCAUAUCAGUUGCAAUUGUUGUCUAAAGAACGUGAAACACUCAAAGAGGAAAAGGAUCAUUUGCAAAAUGAUCUCGAACGGUCAGAAGAGAAAUCUUCUCUUUUGAGAGAGAAGUUGUCUAUGGCAGUCAAGAAAGGAAAGGGACUGGUUCAAGAUAGGGAAAACUUGAAACAUCUUCUGGAUGAGAAGAACUCAGAAAUUGAAAAACUGAAGCUUGAAAUACAGCAGCAGGAAUCUGCAGUCACUGAGUCCAGGGAUCAGAUAAACAGAAUGUCUACUCACAUUGAGCACAUACCAAAGUUGGAGGCGGAUCUUGUUUCCCUAAAAGAUCAACGGGAUCAAUUUGAGCAGUUCUUAUCGGAGAGUAAUAAAAUGAUGCAGAGGGUGAUUGAGUCCAUUGAGGGUAUCGAUGUUCCUGCAGACACUGUUUUUGAAGAGCCUGUGGAAAAGGUAAAGUGGCUGGCAGAGCACCUCAAUGACUGUCAAAAGGCUAAGGAAGAUGCUGAAGAAGAGUUGGCCAAAGCUCGAGAGGAAUCUAGGGAUUUAUUUGGCAGGUUAGCUGAAGCCCAUGCUGAUCUGAAAUUGUUGCAAGAUGAAAGGCAGGGUUUUGAAAAGUUGAAAGAAGAAGCCAUUGACUUAGAAAGCAAGUUAGUUGAAGCCAAAGCAUCUAUCAAAGCUCUGGAAGAUUUGUUGUCAGCAGCACAGGAUGAUGUUUGCAGGCUUAUGGAAGAAAAGAGGGAAAUAGAAACCAGUAAGGAAAAUGUUGAAAAAGAGCUGCUGAAAGCCAUUGAAGAAGCUUCUUUCCAAGCUAGUAACUUCACUGAGGCUUGUGCUCUCAAGAAGUCCCUAGAAGAGGCAUUGUUGCAGGCAGAGAAUGAUGUUACUGCACUCACCAAUGACAAGGAAGCAGCUCAAGUCUUUAGAGCUGCAGCAGAAAGAGAGCUAGAGAAACUGAAGGAGGAAAUCUCCAUUCAGACUGGCAAAUUGGAAGAUGCACAACAAACUAUAAAGUCACUAGAAGAUGCAUCAUUGGAGCUGGAGAAGAAAGUUGGUUUAUUGACCGAGCAGAACCAUAAUUUAGAAGUUGGGAGAAGCAAUAUGGAGACUGAGCUGAAGAAGCUGCAAGAUGAAUCUGUAACCAAGGAAAUCAAUCUGGCAGAUGCUUAUGUAACCAUUAAAUCAUUGGAAGAUGCAGUGUCAAAGGCUGAGAAUAAUGUGUUGGAGCUUGAGAAUCAAAACAAGGGAUAUAACCAGGAAGUGUUGGCACUCAAUUCAAAGUUGAAUGCAUGUCUAGAAGAAUUGGCUGCCAAAAACGGUAGUUUGGAUAACAGGUCUCUAGAAAUUGUCAGUUACCUUAAUGAGUUGCAUGCCCUUGUGAAAAACGAAACAUUGCUUCCCCUCAUGAAGGAUUGCUUCGAGAAAAAAUGGGAGUGCCUGAAGGGCAUGAAUGACAUCCUUGAAAGAGUAAAGGAUCAGUACCUCUCCUUACGUUCAGAAGCAGCAGAAAAGCAACUUGUCGAUGAGGAAGACUUCAUUACCAAAAAACAGUUCCCUGUUGAACUUAGUAAUAGCCUGGGUGUUGUGAUGGAAGCUGGUCUGAUGAAUGAAGUGGGUGAAGACAUCUCUUCAUUGUUUAGAAGGACCAUAGAAGGUUUUCAGUUAAAAAACAAAAUUCUUGUUGAUAAAUUUGAAGGCUUGUCCGCAUUUAUAGAUGAAAUUCUGGCAGCUCUUUUGAAAAAGUUAGAGGAAAGAUGUGAUGAUGUAAAUGCUAUGUCUCAGGACAUGAGAUCUUUGAAGCAAGAUAUGAAAGAAAUGGAUACGUACAAGCUAGAGCAUGGAAAUACAGUCUCCAUGUUGGAAGAUGAUGUUGCGACUUUAUUAUCUGCCUGUAAUGCUGCCACCACAGAAUUGCUGCUAGAAGUUGAGCACAAUUCUCUUGGGCAGUUGUCUGGUGCUGAGCUGGAAACCUCAGGUAGAUCUUAUGAAGAAGAAAGAGGAAGUAGUAUAAUUAAUGCAGAAUGGUGUCAUAAGAACAUUGAUGGCAGCAAAUUUGCCAAGCCUAUUGGAGAUUUGUUAUUUUCCGUUCGAAAUGUUCGUGCUUUGAUUAAGCAGUUCCAGAGCACAAGUGAGGUGGCAACUUCAAAUAUACAAAAUUUGGAAGAUGAACUUAAAGAAGUGAAAGCAGUUUCUAUGGAAGCUAUAGAAGAGAGAGAUAUGAUUAAGCAGUUCCAGAGCACAAGUGAGGUGGCAGCUUCAAAGAUACAAAAUUUGGAAGAUGAACUUAAAGAAGCGAAAGCAGUUUCUCUGGAAGCUAUAGAAGACAGAGAUAUGAAGCAAAAUAGGGUCUUUGAGCUGGAGACUGAGGUAGAGACUUUGCAAAAUUCAUGUGGUGAGCUGAGGCUUAAACUCGAGGACUGUCAAGCUGAUUGUGACAAGUUGAAGGAAAGAGAGGCUGAACUCUUGGAGGUGCAGCAAAAUAGGGUCUUCGAGCUGGAGACUGAGUUAGAGACUUUGCAAAAUUUAUGUGGUGAGCUGAGGCUAAAACUCAAGGAUUGUCAAGCUGAUUAUGACAAGUUGAAGGAACGAGAGGCUGAACUCUUAGAGGUGUGCAGUAACUCAUUGAUGAAGCAACAAGAAGCAGAAAGUUCAUUCAUGCCCCCAUCCCAACAGACAGCCCUUUUGGACAAGGUCGAUGGGGUUAGAAUCUCCUUGGAAGAGUUAGGAGGAGACACAGAGCCCCAAAUUUCUCCUAAUGUGAAAAAGCUAUUCUAUAUUGUAGAUAGUUUUACUAGAGCGCAAGAACAAAUAAGUUUGUUGUCACAUGAUAAUGAAGAGCUACAGUCCACCCUUGCCAACCAGGUUCUUGAAAUUAAGCAUCUGCAGGAGGAAGUUGAAACACGUUUGCUAUGUGAAGAAGACUCAGAGAAGAUGAAGAGAGAUUUAUCUGAGCUAAGAGUUGUUUUGGAGAAAAUUACAAAUAUGUUUGGUGGUAGUGAGUUAGUUAGAGACCAUAAUGCUUCUAGCUUAAAGGGACUUUUAUCAACCUUAGAAAAGCAAAUUGUGAAUGUGCUUAUGGAAUUUGAAAACUCUAAAUCGGAAGCCCAAGAAGUUGAAAUGAAGUUGUUAGGAAGCCAGAAGGUUGUGGAGGAGUUAUCAAGUAAAGUUAAAUUGCUUGAAGAUUCACUUCAAGGUAGAAGUACCCAACCAGAGAUCAUCCAGGAGAGAGGCAAUUUUGAAGCACCUUCAUUGCCUGCUGGUUCAGAGAUAUCUGAAGUUGAAGAUGUGGGAUCGGUUGGAAAACCGUUGAUUCCUCCUGUUCCUUCAGCUGCUCAUGCUCGGACUAUGAGAAAAGGAUCAGCAGAGCAUCUUGCUCUUAGCAUUGACAUGGAGUCUAAUCCUUUAAUCAGCAAUCAGGAAACUGAUGAAGACAAAGGUCAUGUUUUCAAGUCUCUCAAUACAUCAGGCCUUAUUCCGACACAAGGGAAGUUGGUUGCAGACCGAAUCGACGGCAUAUGGGUAUCAGGUGGCAGGAUUUUGAUGAGUCGACCCGGAGCUCGCCUGGGCCUUAUCGCCUAUUGGUUGUUCUUGCAUAUAUGGCUGUUGGGCACCAUCUUGUAACUUUUGCCAUCGAUUGGACCAGGACCCCAGCGACGUCAUUCCCAUUCUCUUCAGUUUGUAUCAUAGAAAUGUCUGUAUCCCAAUUCUUUUUUUUUGUCCCUUGUUAAAAAAGGUUAUUUUUCAUUACUUCAUAGUGCUAAAUUAGGGCAACAAUUUUAUAGAUAGGUCGCCAUACAAAUUCUUUGGCAGUUCAGGGCUGUCCAGAAAUCGUCGGUACCAUAUUCCGUGGAGAAUAAGGCCAUAUCACUUCCUGCCUUGUAUCUAGUCUCAGUAAGCUUGAAUUAAAUUACUGAUGACUUUGAUCCUGCAUUUGUUGUCUUGGAUGUGUCGACAGACAUCUUUUCGACCAAGUGUAAAAAGUGUUGUCAUAUCUAUGAAGCAUCUUGAUUGGCUGGUUAAUGAAGAUGUCUUCGUGGUGCUGAAUU